AUGGCUGUCGUAUCCAAGCCCACGCCAAUUGGCCCCUGGGGCAAGGCCACUGCUGGUGCUACCGGCGCUGUGCUUGCCAAUGCCCUGGUCUACCCUCUGGAUAUCGUCAAGACUCGCCUCCAAGUCCAGGUCAAGAGCAAGGCCGGCGAUGCCGCCAGCAGUGAGCCGCACUACACGUCCACCUGGGAUGCCAUCAGCAAGAUCGUGGCCGCCGAGGGAAUCACUGGCUUGUACGCCGGCAUGAACGGCUCCCUGCUCGGCGUCGCCUCUACCAACUUCGCCUACUUCUACUGGUACUCGGUCGUCCGCGCCCUCUACUUCCGCAACGCCAAGACCAACGCCCAGCCCUCCGUCCUGGUCGAGCUGUCCCUCGGCGCCAUCGCCGGAGCUGUCGCCCAGCUGUGCACCAUCCCCGUCGCCGUCGUCACCACGAGGCAGCAGACCCAGAGCAAGGAGGAGCGCAAGGGCAUGCUCGACACCGCCCGUGAGGUCAUCAACAGCGAGGACGGCGUCUUUGGCCUGUGGAGGGGCCUCAAGGCCAGCCUGGUGCUUGUCGUCAACCCGGCCAUCACCUACGGUGCCUACGAGAGGCUGAAGCCUCUUGUCUUUCCCGGAAAGACUAGCCUGAAGCCGUGGGAGGCCUUCGUCCUGGGUGCCAUGUCCAAGUCGCUUGCCACUAUUACAACCCAGCCUCUGAUUGUCGCCAAGGUUGGCCUGCAGUCCAAGCCGCCAGCCGUCAGGCAAGGCAAGCCUUUCAAGGGGUUCAUCGAGGUCAUGCAGUUCAUCAUUGAGAACCAGGGCGUUCUUGGAUUGUUCAAGGGCAUCGGCCCCCAGAUUCUCAAGGGACUCCUGGUUCAAGGCAUUCUCAUGAUGACCAAGGAGCGCAUGGAGCUUAUGUUCGUUCUCUUCAUCCGCUACCUCAGGAAACUGCGCUCCGAGCAACUUGCCAAGGCUGCCCAGCUUGCAGCUGCAAAGGGUCAAGUCAUCCCACUUACAACGAAAUGA